AGGAAUCCACCAAUGGAACUGACAAUAGUUGUCACUUUGUUCUUUGAGGAGGAAGCUCCAGAAUCCCAAGACGCUAUAAGAGAUGAAGCAAGGGAAUCACUUAAAAGCGAAAUAGAAAAUGAAGGAUAUAGAGUUGUAAAUAUUUCCCGUUUCGAUGGUUGCCCAAGGAACAAUACAUAUAUAAAUGGAACUGAACUGGAAUGGCCAGAACUGAACAUUGGUGACACAGCAAUCAUUAGUUGUCCUUGUGGUGGUCUUGAUCUCAGAUCUACUGGUCUGAUAGCAAGUCAUAAAUGUGGGGGAACUUUUGAAACUGGAGGUCAAUGGGAAGAUCUUAAAGAUGAAAAGUGUAUUUUCAGUGAAACAACCAAAGCAAUAUGUGAACUAGCUGGAAAACCAUCAGAUGAAAAGGUUGAGCAGCUAGGAAGUUUGACAGAAGAUGUGACAAACUUUGAACCAGCUGAAGUCAUCACGGCCACUGUUGUACUGCUCACCACUGGUCAAGAUGCAAAAGGGAACUUUAACUUAUCAAAAGGGUUUCUGAAUGUAGUAAAUAAUAUAGCUUCAGUGAAUGUAACGGUACUAAGAACCAGUCAGGAAGAAGCCAGAGUCACAACAAAACUUAUGGACUCACUGCAUAAUGUAAGUGAAGGACUACCAAUUGAAUCUAAUGACAAACCAGCAAUACUUCUUGAGGAAUUGUUUGUUGUUUUAGUUCAGGGCGUUGACCAAAGAUCCUUUGCUAAUAAUACUUUUGUUGCAAAUCUACGGAAUAAUUCAUUAGUUAACGAUUCACUUGAACUUGUUGAUAAUAGUAAUGGAGAAUACUCAAACUCAACAGCUUUUCUGACGCUUCCACCAAAUCUCUUUGAUAACCUUGCAUUGAGUAAUGUCAGCAAUUUGGCAGAUAAACUUGUAUCCAUUGCAUUUACUGAUGAGACUCUGUUUUUAAGACGGACAAGUGCAAUAGAAAACAAAAAAGUUGGGAGUGUCAUUUUUUCUGUGAGUGUUGCCAAUCAAAGUAGAAUCGAUAAUCUCACUAAUCCAACAGUUGAUAUGUCAUUUCAAAUUAUUAAAAAGCCUCAAGCAGAAUUCGCUGUUACUUGUGUGUACUGGGAUGCAAAAUUAGAUGAGGGAUAUGGUGAUUGGUCAACUGAAGGAUGCAUAGUGAAUGAGACCGAAUACUUGAAUGAUUCAAGCAGAGUUUUAUGUCACUGUAACCAUCUUACAAGCUUUGCUAUAAUUCUGGACUUGACACCUAUGGAAACUCCCACAGAUGGGCCAGAUCACUACAGCUAUACUUUAUCUGCCAUUACAUACAUUGGUACAAUAGUUUCAACUGUUUGUUUGCUGAUCACAAUCGUCACAUUCCUUUCAGUCAAGAAACUGAGGAGAACUGAACACGGUCAGUUACUCAUUCACUUGUCUGUAGCUCUCAUUGGAUUAUAUGGUAUAUUCAUUGGAUCCUCACUGAGCAUUAAAAUUCAUGUACUUUGCUCAAUGACUGCCAUACUGCUCCAGUAUUUCUUUCUUGUAAUUUUUAUGCUAAUGGCUGCUCUAGCAGUUGACUUGUACUUAAAACUAGUUGUUGUCCUUGGUGGAAAAAUCUCAUAUUAUGUUUUAAAAGCUACAAUUGUGUCAUGGGUACUGCCAAUAUUCAUUACAUUGUUCUCAUUUGCUCCGGAUCAUAGCAAUUUUUACAAGCGAAACUAUUUCUGCCGUCCUUAUGAUAUUCCAUUUUACGUCGGAAUGAUUGCACCAUUUGCCGUCAUUUACUUGUUCAACUGGAUCAUCUUCUUCAUCAUUUUAGUCCGUUUGCUGCUAAGACGUGACGUUAGUCCACAAGAGGGUCAAAGCAAAUACAAGAAAAUCAAGCAACAGCUAAUAGCUGCCAUUGGUCUAUCAGUGCUUCUUGGGCUUGGGUGGGGAAUGGGGAUACCAGCAAGCAGCCAAUUUUUCGAAAAAACCCCUGCCGUUCAAAAAACUUUUGAAGUCCUAUUUGUUUCUCUUACGUCAUUUCAAGGUCUUGCAGUUUUUGUGAUGCAGUGCCUGAGGUCUCUUGAAGCUCGUACAAUCUGGAGCACAUGGUAUCACGGGACACUAAAAUAUUCAUUGCAAAGCAGCAACAAUGCUAGGUUGACAAUAAGCAGUGACAAAGGGCAGACAAAAGUCAGGGAAACUGGAUCGACUUUUCCAGAGACACGUCUCAAUGGGAAUGAACAAAUAAUUGAUGGAGUUGAAGGACAACAGAUUGAGCUUAUAUCGCAAAGUCCCAGUGAUGAAUCCAAUGGCCAGGCUGGGGACACCACAGAAACUAUAAUGAAUCCAGGCUUCAUUUAAAUAUAUAACUGUAAAAUGUGACAAUAUAUCACGUAUUCUAGUUUAAGAUAAUUACGUCUGUUCAAUACUGACAUUUUCUGCUUGCAAUAAAU